AUGGCUCUGGAAUAUUGCCACCUAAGCACAUUCAACAUGCAGAAUAACUGUAUAUUUGGAAUAUGCACUAAUGAUAACGGGAAGUUGGUAAACUCUGGCAGAAGAAUAAAGCUGCUAUACUCAAAUUGGAAGUACAAUAACAACUCCGCUACUUGGGAUGAAAAUGAACUUGUUGGGUUUACAAUAAGGACCUCCCUUGUGUCCAUGCAAGUAUAUUCUACCCCUGUUUCAGUCCCACCCUCUCAGUAUAAUCCACUCGAUGAGCCAAGGCCUCUGGGUUUGAGGAGUGAAACUACUGAUUCUUGA